AUGGAUGCUUCAGACAACAACGACCACGACAACGGUUCCCCUCGUCAUCCCGGCUCUUCUACUCUAGUGAUGCGAUCCGGUUCGAAUGACUGUGGAGGGCAAGUUCAAUCGCAACGCCAACAUUCCAGCUUCUACGCUGUAGUCGUCCCCAAGAGCAGAGACCGGAGCCUCGUCCAGCAUGCACGGGAAGCUCUGCUGCUGCUGGGCUGCGACUGGGAAUCCCAGAACCAAUCCGUUUCGGAGGGUGUUUCCGCGCCGGGAGUCAGUGGGGGAUCAACGCGGCACACUGGUCACUCUGGCUCAGAUAAUCCUUCACAAGACCACAGAGAUGAAGAACAUAUUGAGAAGGACAAACAAGCGAACAUCAAUGAUGUCCACGUGAGCGGCAGCAGCCCAGGUCGCGAUGGCGGUGGUCAACAUCCGCGCGGCGGUCCUCAGGCGACAAGACAACAGACUGGCGAACGCUGCCAGCGUUGCAUCCUCCAUCGAAAAAGAUGCGACGCGGUGAAGCCUGUCUGUGGCAACUGUGCGCAGAGGAAGCGCGAUCCUGAUUGUCAAUGGCCAGGGCCCGUGACACGCAGUCAACUGCUGGCAGCGAGGCAUCCGAAUGCAACACCUUCACUGUCUUGA